AUGGCCGCCCAAACAGUCUCAAUAUGUAAAUUCGUCGGAACAAUCACCCUAGGAAUCGCAACUGGCGUCUCAGCAACCGUCUCGACCAUCGCCCUCCCCUCCCUCCUCGCCCUCCCCACCGCCAUAAACGCCCGCACCUCCCUCAUCUACCUCUCCAACAAAUCCACAAACCUAUCCUCCUACCUCAGACACAUAACUACCUUCACCCUCUUCUCCGCAUACUGUCUCUCGCCCGCCCGCUUCCGCCACCCGUACCUGCUUUACACAUCUAUCUUUGCGUUUGUGUCUGGACCCGGUGUCGACUAUGCGGUUGGUCUGACUGAGGGCGGGAAUGAGAAGAGGCAGGUUAUGGAGUUGGAGGCGCAGGGCGAUGAGGUGAAUGGCGAGCAGGUGCGCUUGGCGGUGGAGCGGAAGCAGGUGGUUGAGUGGGUUAAGACGGGGUUGGCGGGUGUGGCGUUUGCGAUGCAGGUUGUUGGGCUGUGGGGGGAUGGCGCGUAG